ACCUCGCGGCGCGCGCACCACAUCACCAUGGCGUCCGAGGACCUGCUGCAGCCCGGACACGUGGUUAAGGAGCGGUGGAAGGUGGUGAAGAAAAUAGGCGGCGGCGGCUUCGGCGAGAUCUACGAGGGUCUCGACCUGGUGACCCAAGAACAGGUGGCGCUCAAGGUGGAAUCGGCGCGCCAGCCCAAGCAGGUGCUCAAGAUGGAGGUGGCUGUACUCAAGAAGCUGCAAGGCAAAGAGCACGUCUGCCGCUUCAUCGGCUGCGGUCGCAACGCUCGCUUCAACUACGUGGUCAUGCAACUCCAAGGCCGCAACUUGGCGGAGCUACGCCGCGCCCAGCCGAGAGGCGCCUUCUCUUUGUCUACCACGCUCAGAUUGGGUCUACAGAUACUCAAAGCGAUAGACUCUAUCCACUCAGUAGGGUUCCUUCAUAGAGACAUUAAACCUAGCAACUUCAGCAUAGGCCGGCACCCGAGCAACUGCCGCAAAGUCUACAUGUUAGACUUCGGGCUCGCGCGUCAGUACACCACCAGCAACGGACAGGUGCGGCCGCCGCGCGCCGCCGCCGGCUUCAGAGGCACGGUCCGCUACGCGUCCAUAAACGCCCACAAGAACAAAGAGAUGGGCCGCCACGACGACUUGUGGUCAUUAUUCUACAUGCUGGUGGAAUUUGUCAAUGGACAGCUGCCGUGGAGAAAAAUCAAGGACAAGGAACAGGUCGGCCUCAUGAAAGAGAAAUACGACCACCGGUUGCUCCUCAAACACCUGCCUUCAGAGCUGCGUCAGUUCUUGGAACACGUCCAACAGCUGGAAUAUGCCGAUACUCCGGACUACGCUAUGCUGACCGCACUGCUUGAACGGUGCUGCAAGCGGAGAGGCGUCAGAGAUGCAGAUCCUUACGAUUGGGAGAAGGAUGUCACAUGUACAGAGGAGAUACGCCAUCUGGAGCCAGAAUACAAGCAACCUGAGACUGUAAGAAGGAUGUCACCUGUGGACACUCCGGACUACGCCAUGCUGACCGCACUGCUUGAACGGUGCUGCAAGCGGCGAGGCGUCAGAGAUGCAGAUCCUUACGAUUGGGAGAAAGGUGUCACCUGUACACAGGACAGAAGUCACACCAUGCUGACUGCACUGCUUGAACGGUGCUGCAAGCGGCGAGGCGUCAGAGAUGCAGAUCCUUACGAUCGGGAGAAGGAUGUGACAUGUAUAGAGGAGAUACGCCGUCUGGAGCCAGAAUAUAGCAACCUGAGGCUGGAAGAAGGAUCCACCAAAGAUAGAGACAAACGUCCACAGCCUGCGUCCCCUCGUCAUGCGCCUAAAGAACACCGCCUCAAUGGAUACUCAACCACAGACAAGCCGACUACAGAAAAGGAAGCGGAAGUUAGAACUACGCCCGCGCCCUCUCCCGAUAGGCAUGCCAAGGAAACAAGCAACUCUGUGGUUACUGGUGCGACGGCGAACAGACCAGAAAGACAAAGCGUGCCGCCUUGCAAACCACGCGCGCCUGCGCCCGGCGGCGGGCCAACACUCGCUCGCUUGCGCGUGGUCACAGCGCCCCCUACGUGCGUGCAGGAAUUAGCAGCGCAAGCCUCGCCUCAUACUCCAGGUAGUGAAGCAGCCAGCCCCAGAAUCGUAGCAGAUGUGGAUAGUGUACAUUCGGACACGCACUUUAAGAGAGGCGGGCGACGCGGCGGUCGCGCGAGAGCCGAUCAAAGCUACACGCAGUUUGCAGUCAUGGACGAUGAGAACGUGUCAGCUUUGCAACAGGUGACAAAAGGAGGCGCGCUCACUCUGGUUUCUCUAUGGAAGUCGCAGUUCGACGAUUCGGAGGAAACCACAGACAAUGAAUGGAAGCAAGAACAGUUACAGUCGCCAGAACACCGCUGCGGGCGCGGCCAAAGCGCUGUAUCCAGCUGUUCUAACGCUGCGCGCACUCAAUUAGGAAGGACUCACUCUACUACGCAGCAUCAGACGCAGCUGACACAACCGGUGGCGAAUCCUGCACCGCCCAGUGCACCACAGCUGGCGCCAACUGUGAUAGGACCUUACUCGCUGUUUGCGCCAGCUGAUCAGUGGCGCCAAUUACUAGCCAGUUGUGCCAUCUACAUCUGUUUGCUACGGGGCGCCAGCUACUAG